AUGAUAAUGAUGGUGGCGACAAAGUGUGUGAGCAUGAAGCAAAGGUUGAGAUAUAUGACGGCUACCGCUGCUGCAAAGAAGAAGUUAGACGAUCCCUUUGACAAGAGGUUGGAGCAGUCAUGGGAGCACCUACAAAGCCUGGCCACAUCGUACAAGAUACAUGAUGCAGCGAGAGGUCAGAUAGUUGAUCACUACAGACAACUACACGAAUCACUUGUGCUUGAGGAGCACAAGAAGAAGGCACCAAUCACUAGUGAGAUGGAGCGCACCGAGGAGGCAAUGACAUCUAUCGCCAAGAACUUGGACGAGGUGCACACUUUCUUCAACAAGGCCAAUGGUACGGGUGAUACGGUGAUUGACACUGUUGAGUUGAUCAAGGCCAUCACUUCAAGCAGGACAGUCAAUCAGUUUAUCAAGAAGAUUCACCGAGACUCUGGUGAAGGACCCGUGGAAUACACUGAUCGUCAGCUCUUGUCAAUGGUGUUGAAAAGUGAUCAAUUGAUGUCAACCAACAAGUACCAACCCAGUCACACUUAUAGCACCAGUAAGCGUGAAUACACUGACAAUUUAACUGGAGUGUCGCACACAGAGAUUGAAGUGAUUGGUCCUCCAACGUCAUGGAUGGUGAAACAUAAAUUCACCAAUCAUAUCUUUGGAUUCUACUCAAAUGGUUUGGCUAUCUAUGAUCCUGCCAAAUGCAAAUGGUCGAAUGUGAUCCGUAAUACCCCUCAAAUAGACAGGAAGUUGGUCGAUAGAGCAAUGGUGUACGCACGAAAUAACAUCUACGUGUUUGGAGGUGCGGGCAAGGAGGACACAUAUGCACAAUACUCAUUGGUAGAGCACAAGUGGUUUGACAACUUACCCAUUGUUGGACCAUCGUUGGAGGAUAUUUUCAAGAUAGCCAUUUGA